AUGGCUUCAGUCGUGGAAUCUCCGCCGGUGCACUCGCCUCCCGAUCACCCCGCACAGAGGCCUCGAGGGAUCCUCAAGAACUCGUACCAAAAGUCUCCCCCCACCUCGCCAAACCAGGAGCGCUCUUUGACCGACAAGGAGCUCACCAUCGCAAACACCCAGAUCAACGCCGGCCACCGUCGUUCGUCUUCGGGCGCUCGCCCCCCCGGGUCUCGCCGUCAGUCCGGCUUCAGCUCCAUCGACGACCCGCUCGAGUCUUCUCAACGCCUCAAGUGGGACGAGGCCAACCUCUACCUCACCGAGCAAGAGCGCUCCUCUACCAUGAAGAUCACCGAGCCCAAGACUCCCUAUGCCAAACACUACGACCCGUCCGAAGACCCGUCUGACGACGACGAGGAUCCUCUGGCGAACGCUGGUGCUCGUCUUCAGAAUUCACGUCCAGGCCGUGAAGAUGACAUUCCGGGCCUUUCUCUGGGCGAACCGGAAGAGGCGAUCUCGGAAGCGGGCGCGCCGUCGCCCCGCAGCGAAAAGAGCGUCCACGUCGACGACGAGAGCAGCGUCGGCCACAACGCCGAAGAGGAACUUGCGGGUAUGUCUCCCGAGGAGCGUGAAAAGCACCGAAAGUUUGAGCAGCUCCGCAAGAGACACUACGAAAUGAAGAAUGUGGCCCAGCUUCUGGGCCACCCCGAGACGAUCCCCGACGACGAGGACGAGGAAGAUGAACAAGGCAACGGCGGUGCCGUGCCGCCUAUGCCACCGCUACCGCGCAUGCCCAAUGGCUCUGCGUAGACGGCUGCUCGCUAGGAGGAGAGGACACGACAAGGGAUGUGAUUUGGCUGGAGGCUUGUCUUUGAACCGGAGUUUUGCGGAAAUCAUCACAGGGCGUUGGCACAAGAGGGGGCAACGUGGGGGGACAGUGGGUUUAUCAGAUUACUCACUCGCUUUGAGGAUUUUGGUGGAGGAGUAUCGUCACCAGAGACGGAGAAGGAGGAAGAACAAGGGCAUAUCAUGGACCCGGUUUCGCUUGCACAGCAAAUGAGGGAUAUCUAGCAUUUCCAUUAGAAUUGAUUUAUACCUUUCAGUCUAAAUGACG